AUGGCUUCCAGGAAUGAUGAACUCGUGAGGCCUCACGAGCAUGUCGAAGGCUCGACAGAUGAGCCUCGAGCAAUGAAAUCGCCAUCAUUGGCCGCCAACUAUCUGCGAAUCCUAUCCUAUGGUUUUAGGAAUGGUGGAAUAUUUGCCAUGAUCCUCGGGUUAAUAUGCGCUACGGGCUCAGGAAUCGCGCUUCCUUUGAUGACUAUUGUGUUUGGUAAACUGGUCGGGGACUUUAACCAAUACUUUGUACCAAGCUCCGGCCUCAGCGAACAAACGUUUCGAUCCAAGAUCUGCUUUCGACUGAUUAGUCUGAAUGCUUCGGCCGCAUUGCGCCUGGAAUACACUCAUGCUUUAUUCGCCCUCCCCGUCAACAGACUAGAUGAAAUAUCGGUUGGCUCCGUCACCCACAUAAUUACUACACAGUCGAACACCAUUCAGCAAAGUGUGUCAGAUCGAUUGGCAAUUCUGUUUCAGUCUCUGGCCCUACUCAUUUCGGCAUAUGCAAUCGCCUUCCGAUACUCAUGGGCACUUACCCUAGUCGUCAGUGCAGCCAUCCUAUUUGUGAUCAUUGGCUUCAGCAUCACUGUACCUUUCUUGGUAAAGGCACAGCACAGCAUUGAACAGGCGGAGCACAAACAUGCAUCUGUAGCGGCAGACACUUUCGCCUCUAUUAGGACAGUCGUUUCUCUUGGAGCCGAGAAUGUACUGCACAGAAAAUAUUCACGGUGGGCGGAAGAGGCCCAGAGACGAGGUCUGAGGAUGUCACCGAUGACUGGGAUUCACUUAGGCAUGCUAUUCUUUGCCAUGUAUGUGAGUUUUGCAUUGGCAUUUUGGUUUGGUUUGAAGCUCUAUCGUGAAAAUCACAUUGAAAAUAUAAAUGCCGUCAUCACUGUUUUCUUUUCCGUUCUACUUGUCGUCACGGUUCUCGGAAAUAUCGCAUCGCCACUCAUGAUAAUCUCCAAAGCGAUCAGCGCUUCUGGUCCAUUCUUUGAGGUGAUUGAUGCGGAACAUCGGACCCCACUCUGUGGCCUCCGAAACCCCGAUAUAUCUAGCCAGGCCGAUAUUGUUUUUAACAAUGUCAGCUUUGCAUAUCCAGAGCGUCCAAUUGGGCCGUCUGGGUCUGGAAAAAGUACAGUUGUUGGCUUAACUGAGAGAUGGUACCAAAUAUCAAGCGAGCGUGAAGCGGCUGAAGGCGAAAUUCUUGUGGACGACCACCAUAUCAACGACCUUGAUGUGAAAUGGUGGCGGUCCCAGAUUGGGCUCGUUCAGCAGGAGCCAUGUCUGUUCAAUGAUUCAAUCUACAACAAUGUUGCAUUUGGUCUGAUCCGGUCCAAAUGGGAGAAUGAGAGCGAAAGUGUGAAGAUGGAACUGGUCAGUGCGGCGUGCAAAGAGGCUUUUGCGGAUGAGUUCAUUGAGCGUCUCCCUAUGGGCUAUGCUACAAUGAUUGGAGAAUACGGCAUAAACCUGAGUGGUGGUCAACGCCAGAGACUCGCCAUCGCUCGUAGCAUCGUCAAACAACCGGUGAUUCUAAUUCUAGAUGAAGCGACCAGUUCAAUUGAUGUCCGUGGAGAGAAGGCAGUUCAGGCUGCUCUUGAUCGGGUGUCCCAAAAUCGCACUACCAUUAUGAUUGCACAUCGCUUGUCGACCGUCCGCAGAGCGGAUAAUAUUAUCGUGAUGAAAGAUGGAACCAACAUCGAGGAAGGGACCCAUGAAGACCUCACGCUCAAAAUGGGUGUAUACUACAGUCUGGUCCAUGCCCAGAAGCUAGAUUCAUGGGCUGAGUCCAAAGAGAGCCUUGGGGACAUUGUUGAUAUUGGACACAAGGAGAUUCGAGCGCAAGAACAAAGCUACUCUAUGUCCAAUCAAGAUGGUGAUGAUGGUGAACCAGAAAAGAGUGGAAACAAAGCCAAGAAUGUAGGCCUUUUCCGAAGCUUUGUAUCAGCAGCCUAUAAACAUCGGGAACAUUGGUUGCUAUUCAUUUUGAUCAUUGUGGGAGCUGUUGGGGCGGGAUCCGGUUUCUCAUUACAAAGCUGGCUCUUUGCCAAAUUGGUUCAGGUGUUCCAGUUCACAGGCCAAAAGCUUUCUGAUGCUGCAAACUUCUGGUCGUUAAUAUUUUUUGUCCUUGCUCUUGCCAUGGCAUUCUUUUAUUUUAUACUGGGCUGGGCCUCGAAUUCCCUUUCCAUGUUUGUUGUAUCGUCAUGCCGCAAAGAUUACUUCUUCAACCUUAUCCGAAAGCCCAUCGAGUUCUUUGACCGUGAUGAAAACGCCUCCGGCAGUUUGACCUCUCGACUAUCCACCGAUCCGAGGCAGAUUCAAGAGCUGUUCGGUCCCACCGGUGUGUUCCCCCUCAUCUCGAUUUUCAAUGUCAUGGGCUGUGUCGCAAUUUCAUUUGCCUUUGGCUGGAAGCUGGCUGCAGUCACUUUCUUCGCCGCAAUGCCAUUCAUUUUCCUAGCGGCUUUUAUGCGGAUUCGAUAUGAGAUCAUGUUUGAAUCUAUGAACGCAGAGGUUUAUAAAGACAGCUCUAAGUUUGCGGCAGAAGCUAUUAGAGCGUUUAGAACUGUCACUGCGCUAACAAUGGAGGAUCACAUCAUCCAAAGGUAUUCAAGGUUGCUGAAGCAGCAGAGACAAAAGGCCGUCAGAAAGGCAUGGUAUGCGACGCUUGUCUUUGCCUUUUCAGACAGUAUAGAGCUAUGCGCAAUGGCGCUCACCUUUUGGUACGGAGGGCAACUUCUAGCCUCCCGGGAGUACGACACCGUCGCAUUCUUCGUGGUAUAUAUUGCUAUCAUACAAGGCGGCCAAUCUGCCGGGCAGUUCUUCAGCUUUGGUCCUAACAUCGCUCAGGCUAAAGCCUCAGCCAGUCGUAUCAUGCAAUCACAAUCUGCUUCUGAAUAUCAAAUUCAAAGCCAGCCUACCGCACAAAUUUCGUCUGCCAACCUCAAUGCUAAAGUUGAGCUGAAAGACGUCACCUUCAACUACCCGACUUGCAAUUAUCCGACACUUGUCAAUGUCAAUAUUACCAUCCCAAGCGGUCAAUUUAUCGCAUUUGUCGGACCCUCUGGCUGUGGCAAGUCCACCAUAAUUUCAUUGCUGGAGAGGUUUUAUGAGCCUACACAUGGCACCAUCUUGUUCGGUGGGCACGAUGUCUGCUCUAUUGAGCUUUCUUCCUAUCGCCAUGCUCUAUCUCUGGUCCCACAAGAGCCAAAGCUAUUCGAAGGGAGUAUCCGCGAUAAUUUACUUCUCGGCCUCGAAACCACAAACGACACUCUCCUCGAGGAACAGAUAGUCCAGGCUUGCAAAGAUGCUGAGAUUCACGAUUUCAUAAUAUCUCUCCCGCAGGGUUAUGAGACAGAACUUGGUGUUAGUGCACAAACAUCGCUCAGUGGUGGCCAGAAACAACGCUUGUGUAUCGCACGAGCACUAAUUCGAAAGCCUUCACUGCUUCUGUUGGACGAGGCAACCUCCAGUCUGGAUUCGCAAUCUGAGAAACUCGUUCAAGGUGCCAUGGAGCAACUCGCCUCAAAACGAGACAUGACCAUAAUCUCCGUUGCACACCGACUGGCUACGAUUCAAAAGGCGGAUAGGAUCUUCGUAGUUGGCGAGUAUGGGACUGGUCAGGGAUCGGGUAUUCUUGAACAAGGGACGCAUCAACAGCUACUUCAGAGCAGGGGUCCUUAUUGGCAGAUGUGUCAAGCACAGGCUCUGGACCAACAGGUCUAA